UGGCUAAAACAAAGUGUUUAUUUCCCCCAAUCAGACUAUUCCGAUCUUACUGCCUUUUCAACCAAUUUGCAUUCCAGCAAGCAGAUCGUGACGUGAAGCCAUGUCGACGUUGACCAGCACGGACAUGGGGGAGCUCAAGCGCCCCACCACGCGUGUGCACGCCCCUCCUGGCGGCGGCUCCAGCUGGAGCUUCGGAGACGACUCAACUCCCGCCCCCACGGGUCGCAAACGCUUCAACCAGCCUCAAGCGCAGGCACUGCAGGACGCCAAGAUGGAAUCUCCACGCGCAGCUCCUGCUCCCGCAGCAGCUCAAGCUCCGGCUCAAACUACAGCGAAGGCACCAGAAGGAGCCGUGCGCAUUGCAUUGCUCAAGACCAGCAGCGACGCAGAGCUCGUGGACCGUGUGGUGCAAAACUGCUUCGAGAAACUGGAGACUCAGUCUGUUCGCUCCGAGACCUUCACGGUUGCGUCGCUGGAGCAGCUGCCGUACGCGGCCAACAAGUUGACGGAGUUCGGCGGUUUUGACGGCGUCAUCUGUUUCGGCUUUCUAAAUACGCAGGAUCUGCAAUUCCAAGCGCUGAGUGCGGCACUGACACAGAGCUUCAUUGAUAUCAGCGUUAAGAACGUGCGUCCUGUGGUACGUGCUGUGUUUGUUGGAGAGCCUCGUGUGGCGUCAGUCAAGGUGAAGGGAGGCUGGGGUGCUGAAUUUGCGGAUGGCGUCGUGUCAUUGAUCCAGCUUGGAGGUUUCAAGGGAGCGAAGUAGAUGGAUAGGCACAUAGGCAGUGACGUUGUCAAUGCGCUACGAAAGAAGGCAAUUAAUCAAGCCCAGUCGUCCGCUAUUACAAGAGAUACUUGAGCCGUAUUUU